AAUAUGGCCACCGAGCAGGUAACAGGUGUGUGAAGGUGCUCUGGUUUUUGGUGGUAGAGAAGGGUACAACGGUAAUGUACAUUCAGAAAAAGUUUUGCAUAAGGAUUUAAAGGACUAUUUUUGAUAUAUUCAAAACCUGGGGGAGAAAUCUUUUGUAGAAAGGAGUAUUUUAGGGGAGAUGUCCGGUAAAAAUACUAUCAAACAAAAACAGUCAUCCGUAACACCCGUAACAAGUGCUCCGAGAACAACUCAGAAUUCAAAGAACGCACGCACUGGAGAAAAAUCUCCCGUUCAAGGAUUGUUGAAUGCUUCCACCACUAGUGACAGUAGUUUUGUUUCGGGUAAGCUAACAGGGGAGCUAGAUGAGAUAAAACAACAAUUGAAUGAUCUUCCAACCAGAAAAGAUUUUGAGGCACUUAAAAAGUCCAUAGUGGGAAAGAAUGAACUGAAAUCUCUGGUAGGAGACAUUGUAAAGAAUCUUAUUAAUGUGUUUGAAGAAAAAAUGCAAAAAUGAACUCUCAGAAGCAACAACAAAUCUUAAAGAAGAAUACGAGGAAAAACUCAAUGCAAUGACAAUUGAAAAUGAAAACUUAGGGAGAGAGAUUAAAGCUUUGAAAGAAUCGAACUUAAAAUUGAAAACGGAGAUAAAUACAACCAAAGGGAGUAUAAGGGACACAAUAAGAUCAACAAACUUUAAUGAACAAUACUCUCGAAAAAAUAAUAUAAAAGUGUUCAAUCUUCCCACAAAACAAAAACAAGAACUGAGGAAAGAUUUCAUGGAGAUUCUAAGCAAAGAUUUGGGGCUUCAGCUAGAUCCACGAGAUGUGACUGAAAUUCACCGUAUUCCCACAGCCAAUCAACACUCCAGAGAUAAGCCAGUCAUCGUGCGCUUGGCAUCGUCAGAAGUGAAGAAAAAACUAAUGAGAGAAAAGAAAAAUCUCUCCGGUGACAUUCGUAUUGUGGAAGAUAUCACACAGAAAAACCUUGAUCUAUUGAAAUCGCUGCGAGAAAACGAUGACAUUGAAUCGGCCUGGUAUUAUAAUACCAAAGUAUAUGGGAGAUCCAAGAAUGGCAUUCAGGUGAAAUUCGAUGUUGGUGACAAUAUCAAACAAAAACUCAGAGAAGGGCGUUAAUCUCGUUGAUUUCAAACAAAAAUAUGCAAACAUUUUUGAAAAAUCACACAAUUUCAAAAAUAUAAUGAUAGUUAUAAAAAGUGUGGAACUUUGACACCUAAGGCUUCAUUUAAAAAUGCACUGACAUAUACGUAUAACAGUUUCAUGGUGUUUAAAUACCCUUCGUUCAUAAAAAAUCUAGCCAGCAACUGGUUUGUUGAUGCUAUACUCAUCUUGGGAUACUGAUUUAUUAAGAUGUAUAUGUGUAUGUGUAUAUAUAUGUAUAUAAUUUUUUAUUUAUAGCUGAUGACAAUUUUCUUGCUGGUAAACCGACAGUGAGUGUUUAUUUCAUGCUAUUUUCGAUCGGGAUCGGGAUAACAAAAUUUAUGUAAACAAGAAAGCAUGAAAUCAUAAACUCGUUGUCGGUAAGUACGACAAUUUUUUUUUUAGAUAUAUAAGAAACCACCACAGGAUUCAUGUUUCAAACAGAAUGAUUUUAAGGUUUUUUGAAAUUUGCUUUGUGUUCUGUGCUAUCUUACUCUGGCUUACUUUACAACCCUUUGUUACAUGUAAUAUGCAUUUGCUAGGUAUAGACUUUGUUUACAAUGAAUGAAAUCAAAAUAUUAACCGUUAACUGUCAAGGAUUAGGUUGUCAAGAAAAAAGGAAAAACGUUUUGAAAUUUUUAAAGUCAAAACGAUGUGACAUUUACUGUCUACAAGAUACACAUUUUGUUGAAAA